AUGUUGCGCACAGCUAUAAACAACGUUGGUUCAUUAUAUCGUGCUAACUCUCAAUCAAUUUUUCGUCCUGCGUCUCUUGGUUUGACACGAUUUUAUCAUGAAAAGGUUAUUGACCACUAUGAACGUCCUCGUAAUGUUGGGUCACUACCACGAACGGACCCAGACGUUGGAACUGGACUUGUUGGGGCUCCAGCUUGCGGUGAUGUUAUGAAACUUCAAAUCCGUGUCGACGACAAAACUGGUAAAAUCGUUGAUGUUAAAUUCAAAACGUUUGGAUGCGGGUCUGCCAUCGCUUCAUCAAGCUAUAUGACUGAACGAGUGCGAGGUAUGUCUUUGGACGAAGCCGGUCAAAUUAGAAAUACUGAGAUUGCGAAAGAAUUAAGUUUGCCCCCUGUGAAACUUCAUUGUUCAAUUAAUCUCUCAUCUCAAGCCACUGUUUAA